ACCGCGCCGCCGCGCCGCCGCCCGAGCGCACCAACGAGCAGGCGCUGCUGCACCUCGCGCACAUCCGACAGCGCCUCAACGGGAUGGUAUGUGGCGUCGUUGUAUAGCGUGCGCGGUCGCAGACGGCGGCGCUGAUGUCGGUGGUGGGUCCGUUCGUGUACGACCCGCUCGUGGCGUGGGGCCGCGCGCGCGACCGCGCCGCCGCGCCGCCGCCCGAGCGCACCAACGAGCAGGCGCUGCUGCACCUCGCGCACAUCCGACAGCGCCUCAACGGGAUGGUAAGAACAAAGAACAAGCAACUAUCGCUCUCUCUGUCGCCUGAAGGGCAAGUAGAGCAUCUCAUAGUGGAAGCGACGAGUAUCCACAACCUCUGCCAGAUGUACUUCGGUUGGGGACCGUUUUUGUAAAGCACCUUUUAUACUUUUUUAUUGCUGUGAUAAUAAAAUACAUGUUAAGAUCA